UGUGCCGAGGACUGGAAGGGAUCAUUUCCAUGGACCAUCUGUCUCACUGGCUGCGCACACAACAAAGAAGGACCCAGGAUGGUGUUAGUACAUGUUGGAUAUCUGGUUCUGCCCGUCUUCGGCUCAGUUAGAAACAGAGUAUCGAGGCUGGCUCUACAUUCCGCAUUUCUCAGACCUUUGUCCCCCUCCAUUGUGUAGCUAACGAUCAUCUGCUGCUGUCUGCCGUAGCCUCUGCCUGUUCUCUGCAUCUAGCUGUAUUGUGAACCCCUUCUUCCUCAUUUCCUCUUUCCAUCUGAAGACGACAUUGGCAUUAAAACCGAGUUCCCACUCAUACCGUAUCCUUCUGUGUAACAGACUAAAGAAUAACACUUUCUGUAGAAAACAGUUUGUCUUUAUUUAAACUGUCAUGUUGCUCUUUAGUGAAUAACCCAUUGUAGCAUUAGACUUGACUACAGACUGUCAUUGUGAUUCUCCCAUUCAGUGUGGAUAGACUACAUUCUGCUGUAAAUUUCUGUAAAGUGGAUACAUUUUGAUCCUCCCCGAUUCGAUUACAGCCAAGCUUGAUCGAACUCUUUGAUUACUGUCUCCAUCCCCUAUUUGCAAAGGUGCAUUGUACCAGCUUUUGUUGUUGAUAAAGCACUUUAUUAUCAAUCAUCCUGUUAUCCUAACGCUCACUAAUUGGCCUGUGUCUGCAGCACUGAAAUCACAGUAAUUUCUGUGGUGUUAUUUUCACCUUUGAUGGUCCACUGCACCUGUUAAAGUGGCGUCCAAACGUCCGCUCAUAUUCCUAUCCAUGUGUCAAAGCCUUUGUUCCUGCUAGCUGAAUUGAUUUCGCAAUAAAUUGGCGAGACUCAGGUCUAACUCAUCUUGCCAUUUUGAAAAAACAACCCACUAUCAUGCACAGCCCCCUGUCAAAUCUUUCCUCCAGCACCUCCAGAAUGCUAUCCAUUUUACAGGGAUGUGUAUAUCCUGCACUGCUGUAGAACUCCUUUUUAGAAUCAAAAUGUCUUUUAUUCUUUGGUUGUGGUUUUCUACCUUAUGUUCUUGUAUUAGAUCCUAAUGCAUGGUCAUUUUAUACUUUUGUUUUUCCACAUUGAACAGCAGAUUCCAAUGUAAUCUUUGUGUAGAGAUGUCCCUGCUGUACUGAAAUGUGCUGUAAGCAUACACAUCUACUCAUUGGAUGCUGCUUCUGUUCUGUUAACCCUACAGAGAGCAUGGUCAGGCCUUGCCUUUGGUCUUUAUUUGCAUGGUAUUAUUAUGGUUAUGUAGGAUAUAUUACUCUUAUUAUUACUAUUAUCACACAGUGCCACACAUACUAAUAUUUUCCAAUAAAGACUGUAGUUUUCUUCCUAACCUUCAGUGUGCUUUUUGCUGAUUUCCAUGUGUUCCUCCCCUCCUCCCUCCACACUGUGCUGUCACUGAGACGGUCCCCUCACUCUAUAUGUGCUCUCAUUUCUCAGCUGUCUUUGACAGAGUUUCUUCAAGUUGCUGCUCUGCUGACUUUGGAGUAGGGAAAACCAAAUUCUCAAUUCAUUCAAAAAAAGGAGAAAAAAAAAGCAUGUUUAUGCAGAAACACCAGCAUUGAUAUCUCAUGUUAGAUGCUGUCAUUCUCUCCUAAUCCAUACACUAUCUAUACAACAAAACACAGCCUCACUCACAUCCACCCAUUGGUGUUCAUUGGUGUUGGAAUGAAACAUAAAAUCAUGGUUAUCAGUUUUCUGUAAAGUCAGUUGAGAAGAUUUUAACGGAAAAAGCAGCCAGAGAUGAAUAUCUGUUUUUUUUUGUUUUUUUUUAACUAACCCAGUAAAUUAAACACCUGACAAGUUAAGGUGCUUCAAGCCCAACACCCUUCUAAUACACUCAAACAUUACAAAGGGUUAUAUGCAAUGGUAUAAACAACAUGAAGCAUGAAUCGUCUGCAGGGAUAUCAUGUUAUUGCUCAGCCUUCCUUCCUUCAGUAUCUGCUGGUAUCUAAACCCAACAGACCUCUGAAGUCUCUGUUCAUUACAUAUACAUUAAACACGGCUGCACUCUUCUGCAGGCUGCACUAUGUGUUGUUAAAUUAUAUAUUAUUUGUUCUCUUUGUAACAGAUGAGAAGAUCAAUACCACUUUCAUAUGUGAGAAAAAUAGGAAGAUGCAGCCAGUUAGCAUAGCUUAUCACAGCAACUGGAAACAGGGAAAUAGCCGACUUGGUCCUACAGUAAAAAAAAAUGGCACCUAUCAGCAGUUUGAAAGUUCAUUAUUUAUCAUGUGAGAAACUAAAGUGUUAAAACGUCCAUCAGUGCUUUGUUAGCGGCAAAACUGCAACGCAUCAUUGUUACACUUCAGAUAUUGUGUGUGCAAAACAACAGAUAAUGUGUUAAUUAAUGAGCUUUAAUGGGGGCUGGUAGGUGUUAGAAAGAGCCAGGCUGACUGCUUCCAGUCUUUGUGUUAAGUUACAUCAAGUGUUACCUCUGUGUCUUUAUGUAACACUAAGCUAGUGGCCUCUUAUCAAGUCUGUCUUGUUAAUUAGCAGAACAGACCUUGACACAUUUAUAAAUAAACUCUUAAAUCACAAAGUGGCACGUUGCUGCUCGCAGUUUUAUAAAGUGAAAACAAACUGAUUCAUCGUCUAGUCGUGAAUUUGUAGCUUGUGACUUGCAGCAUAAAUAAACCCUAUCAGGCUCACAUUGCAAUACGAGUACAGAUAAGGUUUGUUAAACAUCAAGCAAUAGUGGAAAAAGGCAUAAAGGUCACAAUUUGUGUUAGUAAAUAAUAAUUCAGUUUAUGGUGUUAGCUAAUGGUAUUUAAUAACAACCACUGAAGGAUCGCGAUUGUGCUUUAUAAUCUGCUCUCCGCCUUGAAGAGUUGCUUACGCUUUGAAUACAACAUUAAAAGCUUCUUUUAGGAGUUUGAAAGUGGAACAGUUGGUCAAAGCAUGCAGCACACGCUGUGGUAUUUAGAAGCACAUUUUAAAUAUACGCUCGGAAAUUUAAACAGUUUCAAAGUCUGGGACUUGCUGCUGUCCCGUUCCGACCACUUGAGCCUUACAUCUGUUCGCAAUGUCUGAAAUAGUCGGGAGUUAUUUAUGUGCAGACACAAGGUGUGCCUGAGACGCAGCCAUGUGUGCUCGGCGAAUUUCUCCACCAAGCUCCAGCAACAGACUUUUAAAUAACUCAGCAGCUGUAAUGCAUAUGUUAUUCCACAGUAGCUGCACAGCCACAGGCCGGCGUUUAUGUCUUCCACCCGCCCUGUCCUUAUUUGACCAAUGCACAGAAGCAAGGUCAGUGCAAGCAUGUAGCACGCUGAGCCGUUUGGACGCAGGUUUUCGGUGCAGCUGCACGGCACAGAGGCUGAUUUCACCCAUCAACCACCCAACCUGAUGCCAGGGUUUAAAUCAGUGAUAUCAGCAGGUGUGGGGACGGUCGUGCGUCACAUGAUGGAGGACCACCGGACAGGAUUAUGUUAGAGAGGAGGUGUGAUUUGUAAAGCUGCAGUGAUGGAAGCCGAGGAGGGAGGGAGGGAGAGUUUUCAAUACCAGACUGCUGCAGUCGCAGGUGGGCGGGGCUUACAGGGCUGUCACUCACACUGGGACACCAUGCCGCAGCCACAGAGUGGGGGAGGGGCCGCCUGUGCAGCAGCUCAGGGGUGAGGAGAAGUGGAUGGGAUGGGUGGGUGGAUGGGUGCAUGGGUGGGGGUUCGCGCUGCACCAAUCAGGCAUUUUGUGUCGAAGCCCAGAUGUAACAAUAACAACAUCAGGGCUGUUUAUGCUCUGCAAUAUGUCAAAUAUUAAUGUCAGAAGUUCACACUGUGGAGGAGCCCAGAGACAAAUAAUCUGAUAUUUACCUUGAGCCUUGCAUGGAGUCCAGCCUUACCGGGUCACAGGCUUCAUACAAAACUGAUGUGCAGCCUUUAACUAAUCCAAACCACCAGUCUGCCAUUUCUGCUCUACUUCCUCAGCCAAAUGUUGUUUUCAGUUUGCUCAUGGCUCUCUAGGGUCACUUCUUUCCCGUAUCCCAAGGCUAAUAUAUGCAACCAAGCAAAACCGUGUAAAUACGUCAUUUCAGUAAGAAUUUAAUUGUUUGACCUUUUGGGAAAUAUACUGAUUUGUUUUGCAAAGACUCUGCCCUAUAGAUAGCAACAUCAUCCCACCUGCACCUCUCAAGCUCACUAAUUAAUAUGUUAUGCUAAUUUAAGUCUCAACUGUUUUUGCAUUUAGGUUUUUGCAGAUUAAAUGGACAAGAUGAUGUUGAUUAGUGAGCUCUGGAGCAGCAGAUCAACAGAUUUUUAUAAUCACAGCAAAGCUUUCUUCUUCCCCUGUUUCCAGCCUUUGUGCCAGACGAAGCUAACCAGCUGCAGGUUGAGACUGGUUUCAAUUUUCUUCUCUAUUUAUCAUCAUAUUCUCCAAAAUGUUGAACUUUUGCUUUAAAAAAAAAAUGAAAUCUUUAGAUGCACAUAUGCAUACAGGAUUUAGUGUUUACAUUGAAAAUCUUCUGAUUAUUUCCUUGAACUUGAUCAUUCGUGUAUUAGAUCUCAACUCAGUGAACCAUCCACUGUUAAUUAAAUCUGUCAGCAAAUGUUAAACAUAUCACAAACCAUUAACUAACAGCCAAAUCCUCCCUACUGCUCAUAUUAGACAUGCAGUGUCACUACAUAUUACUGUUAUACUGAUCUACUCUGCCUGAUGGAGCUUGAAACUGUGUAAAUCAUAUGAAUGGGCUGUUUGUGGGCCACGAAAAGACACAAUACUUAAUUUACACUCUGCACCAUCCAUCCUCCAGACCCUGUUGUCUGCUUACCGGUCCAGAAAGCCAGAGAAAAGCUGUAAUGGGAAGUUGAAGUACUUAUUGUUUGUCCCAACCUCACCCUCCUUGCAGCCCUCAUUUCUCUGAGCACAGAGUAAUUUGUAUUGAUUGUUCUGUGCAAGUCAACACCGAGGCGGUUCAGUGGGACUACCACACAAUCUCAUGUCUCCUCCGCCUCUGAUAGGGAGAGUGGGGGAAGGUAGAAAUGGAGGCACAUAAUCUUCUGAGCCGACCUUAUUUGCCGCGGUGCCCUAAUGUUACCAGACUCUUCUAAUGAGAAAUCUACAGUUGAUGUGCACCUUCAAAUUGGAGACAUAAUAAUCUAUUAAGUUAACUACUGAGGAGAUGGACCACAGACAGCGAUUGGUGCUGUAGACGUUCUUGGAAACACCUCAGGCUACUCGAGAAAAUCCGUCUUCCCUGCAGACUCCAGCAUGGCCAGCAGAGAGGCAGGAUAUUGGGUGAAAACUGUCUGUGGGUUUAGAUUUUGCUCCACAGGGGUCUCAGUGUCCGUGUCGUCCAUCUGCUGUUAUGUCUGUCUUGUCUCUUCCUCUGUCAAGUCUGUCCUGUUUUUAUGUUCUCUCUGUGUGCUUGCUUGUUAAGUGUUUUUGUAUGUUUUUGUGUGUGAGCGUGAAAGCCAGAAAGGACAAAUUUGUCUCAUCAAGUGUGUUGUUUUUGCAGUUAUGUGUCAGUUCGUCCUCCUGUCUGGUUCGUCUUUCUGUGGCGUCUGCUUGGAUGAAAGUAACCACAAGCUUAUCCAGCUCAAUCCUGACGGCUCGCGUUUAUUUCUCGUAGGAGCACACUUCACGAGGCAUCAACACAGCCAUGCUACCUCCUGCCGACACUUUCACCUGGGAGCUCCCCAGGCGCCCAUAUCAGCCGAGUUCCCUCUGGGACACGGCAGCCAGCCGCCACAGACAGGCCUGGCCACCCACCUGCCCCCCGCACACCAUCCGCCCCUCACUGCCCUGCCUGCACCCCCUCAGUUCCAGGAUGUGCCGGGGCCUUCAUUCCUACCUCAGGCCUUACACCAGCAAUACCUCAUCCAACAGCAGCUCCUUGAAGCGCAGCAUCGCAGGAUUCUCCCACACUCCAGAAGAACCCAGGAGCGUAUCCCCCUGAACCCUCACCGACUGCGUUCCGGCUUUGAGUACUCCCCUCCCCUCCAUGUUCCCCAGCCAAUGACACAGCAGCCUCGGUACCUGGCCGAAGGCACCGACUGGGAUCUCAGCGUUGAUGCUGGCCUCCCUCACCAUCAGUACCAGCUCCAGCAGCUGCCGCAGCACUAUCAGCAUUACCUGGCCUCCCCUCGAAUGCACCACUUCCCCAGGAACACAUCCUCUGCACAAGUGGUUGUGCAUGAAAUCAGAAACUACCCUUACCCCCAGCUACAUCUGUUGGCCCUGCAAAGUCUGAAUCCGUCGAGGCAUGCCACUGCUGUGCGGGAAAGUUACGAGGAGUUGUUGCAGUUGGAGGACCGACUGGGGAGCGUCAACAGAGGAGCUGUUCAGACAACUAUAGAGAGAUUCACCUUUCCACACAAAUACAAGAAGAGAAAGCCCCUACAGCUGAAGAUUGGGGAGGAGGAGGAAACAGAUGUGGAUGAGAAAUGUACUAUCUGUCUGUCCAUGUUGGAGGACGGAGAGGACGUCAGGAGAUUACCCUGCAUGCACCUCUUCCACCAGGGCUGCGUGGACCAAUGGCUGGCCACCAGCAGGAAGUGUCCAAUCUGUCGGGUUGACAUCGAAACACAGCUGAACCCUGACUGCUGAUGGGCUUCGACUAACCCUCGUGAUUCGAUCACCCCCGUGUGGUUCCUGCUUCUUCUUCCACCCCGGCCUGCCGGCCCUCCCUCCCCCCCACCUCCGUUCGGUGCUUUGCCAAAUGUCUCCAGACUUCAUGUGACAUCACUACCCUUCUGACUCACGCUUUACUGAGCCAAGCCAGGAUAACUAACUGCACGAGAGGCCGCGACGGACUCUCUUUAUAUAGAAGCACAUCCCUCUGGAAGCAAAAGACACGCAAAAACACACACAUACUCAUGUACACAGGGUUUACUUGUAGCUUGCUGGUCGUAAGUGGGGUGUUGUCGCUGUUGUGGUGUCGUACUGUAGGUAGCCCUGGGCUGUGUAGCAUGUUCUCAAAGCCAUGACUUAAUGUCCUGAGAGUGGAAAACACAUAACCCCACACUGAGCUGGCUACUUCUCUCUCUUUUCUCUCUCUCUUUCUAUACAUAUAUAUAAAUACAUAUAUAUUUCUCUCUUUUCAAACACAGUCAAAAUGAAUAUUCUGCCACACAAGGAAGCUUAACAGAAACUAAAUGCUCUGAUGCCAUGUUUACCUAAAGAUCAUUUGUGGUCGUAGUAGAGUAGCAGUAACCAACAAGUGAUAUCUGGUGCACUGUCGCCUUCUCGGGGCCAAGCGCCAGCUAGCUGAGUGUUUUACUUCUAUCAUGCAGCUUUGACAUUUUGCAAUACAGUUGUACAUUUACUUUGGGUUGGUGUCAUGUGAGAUGGUGUCAUGUGAGUAGGUCUCUUUCACUGCCGUACAAACCGAAGCCAGUGAUCGAGUUGUUUUUGUGUUUUAAAUUUAAAAAGGUAACAAAAAAAAAGGUAGAAAGUGUUUUACCAAAAUGCAUUUUGUCACUGUAGCUUGAAUCUGCACACAGGUUUCAAAUGCGUGUGUGUGUGUCUGUGUGUCAGCUCUGUCCUGCUGUGUGAGACUUAAAGAAUGUAUCUAACAAAUGUGUGUUAGAGUGACUGAGUGCGUUUCAAGGGUUAGAGGCGACACCAAGUCUUUAACUCACUGUAGGUUAAUAGCAUGGCCACUGGAGUGCUUAUACAACACAAAGCCAAAAAAGGGAUGAAAAAAGAAUUCUAUCAUGCACUGCAGAGCGAGGUAGGAGGAUUUAGCUGCCCUUGUACCUGCAUUUCAUCUGGCGCGGGGCCAGUGGCAGAACAGUGUGUGCUAAAAAUGCAUGUUUCAUUGUGGACUUGGGCUGUUUGCUUUGGUAGCGUUACUUCAAUUUAAAACGGUACAGAGACGCCUGUGCAUGACUUAGUUAAUCUGAGCUGUGACUAUCUUCUCAACACUAACAAACAAACAAAAAAAAAAGUCAGUCAGUGGUUGCUCCCCUGACUCGUAGCGUGUGUUCAUCCUGUCCCCUUCGGUGGCGACGAUGGGAUCCUCUUUUUGAUGUUUACCUUAUUGCCUAAAGAACAAGCACAUGUGACAAUAGUUAUAGCAACAAAAAGUUUUUUUUCUUCGGUAUUGCAUUUGGUUUAUAUUUAGGUAUAGAUUCAUGCAGUGUUUCAGCUGGGAGAGGAGCUUGCGUAUUGAUCUUGUGUAUUUCGUGUGACAGAACUCCCCUCGUGGUUGCUAUGCUGGUUGCUAUGCUGUAUUGCUAGAACAUGUAGAACGUGGUGCGACGGAGGCAGCCUCCCUCUCACAGUGCACACAGACGCGAGACGACACGACAGCAGGGAAACAGUCAGGCUGUUAAAACAAGUCGACUGCUUCACUCACUCACUCUCUACCACUUCUUUUUUUCCCCUUUUAUCACCUUUGUGUGGGCUUGUAACUUCAGUUCCACGGAGCUGUGUUGCAGGAUGCCUUUAGGACCCUCAUUGUCCUAUGCACUGUGAUAGUAAAGGAUCAGAUCAGGCCCCGGAGACUCUCUGAGCCUCGAGGGCUGAGGAUCAAUUAACAAGGAUUACUUCUCCCUGUCUUGUGCACUGCCAGUGUUGACACUGCCUCCUCCUGUAGUGGAGUCAUCUGUGAUGAAGCUUUCAUAGUUUACACAGGGUGUUGUCAGUUGAGAUGCCUUAAGUAUUUAACAAUCAUAAUUUAUUACUAACUGUAGAUAUUGUGGGUAUGUAUUUAAUUUUAUAUAGUUUUUUUUGAGGGAGGGGCAACUGAAUCAUAAUUUAUUUAUUUAGAAAUAACACAAAAACGCUAUGAAAAAAACUAUUACCUCAUUUUUGCAUUGUUUUAAAUGGGAAUGCUUUGCAUGCAGUUGUACUUUUUGGAACACUAAAAGUAAAAAAAAAAAAAAUAAUAAUAAUAAUUUAGCCCUGCUGUUUGAUCUCCACAAGCUGGCUGUGCGAUGUUUACUGUCCAAGGCUGAGCUACUGAGCCCGCUCUCCGUCUCUUUCUCUCUCUGUCUUUCUCUGUAUCUCUCUAUCUUUCUCUCUCUCUCAUGUGGUGCUGUGGAUCUUGGUUACAUUCCAUUCAAUGCAAUUUCUCUGAUCCCCCAUGCUGUGAUGUAGUGGACAAACUGCAGUUGAAGUGAAUAGGUUUUAGUUUGUGACUUCUUUCUCUCCUUUUUUGUUGUUUUGCACUCACUUGUUUAACUAUGGGAACCCUCUCACUGGCAAAAAAAGUUUAGUUGUUUAGAUGAUUUAAACUAACUGGCUUUUGUUUUUUAGUUUUUUUUUGUAAUGCUCUGCUUCUCACAAUGCACUAUGGGUCUUAAUGAAGCAUGUUCCUUCGCUUUAACUCUUUUGUAUCUCUCUUUAAUUUUCAUCUCUCUGGUGUUUCUCUUCAGUUCCUUUUUCCAAAGUAGUGUGUAGAGUUAAGCAUAACAAGUGCCUCGCUUUAAGUGUUAGGAGAUAUUUCCAUAUUACUGAAACCAUGAACAACAAUCAAUCCAUGAAGCCACCAUGCCUUAUUGGUUGCAUAAUUAUAGAAAUGAACGGGGGAAUGAAGGAGAGAAGACAACAUUUGACAGGAGUCUACAAAAAGCCAUUUUACUCUAAAGUUCAAACUGUCCAAACUAACUGCUGGUUUGAAGCAUUACAUGUAGUGGAAAUAGUUCCGACUAUAAAGAGGCAUGCUUCACUGUGGGCUUUCCAAAUACUACAGUAGUCUUUCUUCAGUUCACUCCUCUGUUCUGUUCUCCUUCUCCUGUUCUUUCCAUUUGUUAAAUUUUUAGCGUCCGUCCCUCCCCUCCCAGUCUAUCCUCUGUUUCCUUUCACAGUCUAGAAAGGAAGGCAAGGACUUUAAAGCACAACCUUUUCUAAAAAUGCAUGUUUUCUCAGGUUUCAAUAUAGUCUCAAUGGUUUAAUAGUAUAUGGUGAAAAUAUAUACAAAGAAUAUAACUGAAAAAAAUAUUAAUUUUGUUGCUGCUUGAAUCUGAAAAACAAAACUGAAGAGAAAAUAUCCCAAAAAGUGCCAGUGAAAGGGCUGCCGCCAUCCUUGUAUGAAAAUCUGCUGUUUAGCUGUGACUGCGCAAUGUUUUUCAAUAUAGGAUAUUUUAUCUGAAAAUAGAACUAUUUAUCAUUAAUAUUAAAGCAAUAGCGCAUUAAUGGUGAUGAGUGUGUUGAUGAAGAAAUGGAUGAGCAUAUUAUGGGUAAAUGUUAGAUUCACAUUUGGUGGAAUUUUGUACUUUAUUUAUUAUUACUACUACUAAUAAUAAUGAUAAUGAUCUCAAAAGUUGCAUUGCUAAACCCAAACUGUUCUGUUUUGUUUUUUAAUUUUAAUUUGAUUUCAUGGCUUGUAUAUUAUCCUUUUAUAUGUGCUCUUUUUGUAAUAAACUGGACAAAAUGGAGAAGAGUUUA